CGCCAGCCACAGCCCGCUGACCCUGCGCCUUGGCACGUUCUGGGCUGGACGUGGGGGAGGCGCGGGAGAAGGUGGUGUAACCGUGACCUGCACGGGGCUCCCUGCCUUCCGAAGCUCUGGGGCGAGGGUCAGGGGGACGGGCCACCCCUCCACGAGCAAGCCAAGCAGCUCAUUUCAGUUCUUGACAAGGGCGGUUAUGGGAAUGAAAACAGGAGGUGAAUCUGAGCUGAGCCCCGGAAAGAUAAGACGGAGAACCUGGGGAGCCCCUUGCAGGUCUCCCCCGCCCCCCACCUUUUCCCAAGCAGGACCUUUCAAAACACCUCAUGCCCUGGCUUUCCAGGCUCCAGAAGACCCUCCUUUCUGUAGUCAUCAUCUGUCAUUACACUCUUCCUGGAGGGUUCUCCGGUUUGUCGCUCUCAUUCUGCCUUUGAGCCUUUGCACUUGCGGUUCCCUCACCUGGAAAACUAACUCCCACCCACACCCGCUUUCAUAUAUUCAUUCUUUUUGUCUCAGCUCCGACAGAGGCCUGGACCGCCCAGUUUAAAGUAACUGCCCCCAAGUCACACUGUCAGUGCUGUUGUCAUUUUCUUCAUGACUCCAGUUUCUACUCAAAUCUUGUUUAUUUUAUUUAUGGCCAUUUCCUCCCAGGUGUCAACUCCAGCACAGUUUAUGUCUGUCUUUGUCACUGCUAUGUCCCCGGUGCCUAGCACAGUGCCUGGCACACGGUAGCUGCUCAAUAAAUGUUGGUGAAAUGAAUGAAAGAAAGAGUGAGCUGGACAUGAUCUAGGAAGGGAAGGGCCAGUAAACCGCUGGAACAGAGUGAGCAAAGGGAAGAGGACAGGGGCUGACUGUGGAGGGCUUGGCAGGUCCUUUGGUUUUACUCAUGCUAUAGGGAGUUGGGGGAUUCUGAGCAGGGGAGGGACAUCCUCUGACGUGUUUUAAGAUGGACCUGUGGGCUGGUGAGGCUAUGGGACAUUUAGCAAGAACAAAUGGAUGCUGCUUCACUUGGGCUUGUCAAGGAAAACUGGUCUAGGAGUCACUGUAUUUUUAAAAAGGAGGCCUGGCCCCAGGCCCUGUCCCCAGCCCUGUGCUCUCCCUCCUCCAGGCCCCUGAGUGUCAGUGGUGGUGUUGUCCCUUGUCACCUGGAACCCCAUGCAGCCGGAACCCAGGCCUAGCGGGGCUGGGGUCCACACCCGAUUUCUGCCCCUGAGGUCGCAGCGCCCUGAGGGUUCAGGGGACACAGUGAUGUACGCCUCCACCGAGUGCAAGGCUGAGGUGACACCCUCCCAGCAUGGCAACCGCACGUUCAGCUACACGCUGGAGGACCACACCAAGCAGGCCUUCGGAAUCAUGAACGAACUGCGGCUCAGCCAGCAGCUGUGCGAUGUCACGCUUCAGGUCAAGUACCAGGACGCACCGGCUGCACAGUUCAUGGCCCACAAGGUGGUUCUGGCCUCAUCCAGCCCUGUCUUCAAGGCCAUGUUCACCAACGGGCUGCGGGAGCAGGGCAUGGAGGUGGUGUCCAUCGAGGGCAUCCACCCCAAGGUCAUGGAGCGUCUCAUCGAGUUCGCCUAUACAGCCUCUAUCUCCAUGGGUGAGAAGUGCGUGCUCCAUGUCAUGAACGGUGCCGUCAUGUACCAGAUCGACAGUGUCGUCCGUGCCUGCAGUGACUUUCUGGUGCAGCAGCUGGACCCCAGCAAUGCCAUCGGCAUUGCCAACUUCGCUGAGCAGAUUGGCUGUGCUGAGCUUCACCAGCGUGCCCGAGAGUACAUCUACAUGCACUUCGGGGAGGUGGCCAAGCAAGAGGAGUUCUUCAACCUGUCCCACUGCCAGCUGGUGACCCUCAUCAGCCGGGAUGAUCUGAAUGUGCGCUGCGAGUCUGAGGUCUUCCAUGCCUGUAUCAACUGGGUCAAGUACGACUGUGAGCACCGACGCUUCUAUGUACAGGCGCUGCUGCGGGCCGUGCGCUGCCACUCGCUGACGCCCCACUUCCUGCAGAUGCAGCUGCAGAAGUGUGAGAUCUUGCAGUCAGACUCCCGCUGCAAGGACUACCUGGUCAAGAUCUUCCAGGAGCUCACGCUGCACAAGCCCACACAGGUGAUGCCCUGCCGGGCGCCCAAGGUGGGCCGGCUCAUCUACACUGCUGGUGGCUAUUUCCGCCAGUCACUCAGCUACCUGGAGGCCUACAACCCCACUGAUGGCACAUGGCUCCGGUUGGCAGACCUGCAGGUGCCUCGAAGUGGCCUGGCAGGCUGCGUGGUGGGCGGGCUGCUGUAUGCCGUGGGCGGCCGGAACAACUCGCCUGAUGGCAACACCGACUCCAGCGCCCUGGACUGCUACAACCCCAUGACCAACCAGUGGUCGCCCUGUGCGCCCAUGAGUGUCCCACGCAACCGAAUUGGGGUUGGGGUCAUCGAUGGGCACAUCUAUGCUGUUGGUGGCUCCCAUGGAUGCAUCCACCACAACAGUGUGGAGAGGAGUCUGUGUCCUGCACAACUGUAUUUACGCUGCUGGGGGCUACGAUGGUCAGGACCAGCUGAACAGUGUGGAGCGCUACAACGUGGAGACAGAAACGUGGACUUUCGUAGCUCCCAUGAAGCACCGGCGAAGUGCCCUGGGGAUUACUGUGCACCAGGGGCGAAUCUAUGUUCUCGGGGGCUACGACGGCCACACAUUCCUGGACAGCGUGGAGUGUUACGACCCAGACACGGACACCUGGAGCGAGGUUACCUGCAUGACAUCUGGCCGGAGCGGUGUGGGCGUCGCUGUCACCAUGGAGCCCUGCCGGAAGCAGAUCGACCAGCAGAACUGCACCUGUUGAACCACUUUGGUUUUCUUGGGCAAAAAUGGUCCCAUCAAGAGUAUUGUUUUUGUACAAAAACAGGGACAAAAGAAAAGCGACAGAGCAAAUGCGUGUCCACCAGGAUGCGAGGCUGGGAUGCCCUAGUGUUAGAAUGACUACUUGAAAGGAAAAAGACCAGAGUGGGAGCCCGUGAGCCCGUCAGAAUAGUCCCAGGAAUGUCCAAGAGAGGGGGGUGGGGGUCCAGCAGGGUGGGUUCCUGGGAAAGAAAACCUCCCAUCCACUAUCCCAAGACGAGGCCUGGGUCCCACACCAGCAGACGCCACCUCCCUUUGGGGUGAAAGCAAGUCCUGAGGUCAGGCUGGUUUUUGUCCCCUGUGUCUCUGUGAUUGGUUCCUAGAGGACUGGGAAGGAGCCAGCUGAGGCCUUGGGGGUGAGGCCCUUCAGGAGGUAGGGACCCCAGGAUGCGCCUGUACAUAGAAACCACUGGAUAUUUUUGUCCUGGACAGUCACUUUGUUGAUAAGUAACCCUGUAACUUUCCAAUGAAAAUAAAGAACAAACUAACUAGUGUCUUCUA